CGGGCGGCCUUGUCUUCUCCUCCCCAAAAGAAAUCUCCGAAAGCAAGAAAAUCAAACACGCGGGAGGAGAAGGAAUGGUCCCUUGGGCCUUCGGUAUAGCCGUCAUCUUCGUGUCAAUUGCUGGUCUUCUUCUGAAUAGCUGCAUAAUUCUCGUUCUCGGUCUUAACAAACAGACGCAGCAACCACAGACGGCAGCGAACAAUCUCCUGCUGAUCCACUUGAGCGCCGUGGAAGCAGCGGUAUGUCUGAUACUUUUGAUCUUCAGCAUGGGGCCGGCCGCCGGCACCUGGUGCGUCUUUCACGGAUUUCUUUUAGCGCUUUUACACCCGGUCGCUCUCUGGACGGUCACCGGAUUGAAUUGCGAGAGGUAUUACGCCAUCGCUGAACCGUUGCAUUACGAAGCGUUGGUUUCUCCGCGUCGCGUGGCUGUCGGAUUGGUCGUUUCCUGGACGGUCUCUCUGCUCUUGUGUUUGCCGCCGUUCUCCGGUCUGGUGCCACCUUACAGGUAUAACGCGGGGUUGGGCUGCUGCGCCCCAGAUUUUGGAAACGAUACUUGGGGCUACGCUGCGGCGCUCUACGGCAUCGUUUACGUCAUUCUGGGCUUGGGCCUGCCGACCGUCCUCGUGACACUCUGCAAUUUACGCAUGCUGGGUAUCGCGCGGUACCAUCGGCAUCGUAUCGCCAGCGCGAUUUACGAAGUCACCCUGAGCGCCCAGGUGACCAUCACCCAUCAGCGAAAUCCGUUUUUCGUGCCAAUCGUCACCGCGCCUUCCGCCGGCGGACCGCCACGUUUUCACAAUGCCGCAUGCACGGUGAUGCAACUGGUCGGUCCACUCUACAUGCUUUACUUCCCGUAUUGCGGAUUCGUUCUCUGGGAAGCUUGCAACGCUGCUUCUCAUCAGCACCGCCUGAAUACGAGACUUUUUUCCGUGGCGUCGUUUCUACUCGCUUGUUCGCCGCCCAUCAACGGCUUCCUGUACGGUCUCAAAUCACAGACCCUGCGACAAUCCGUGCGUAACUACUGGCGUAAAAAAGCGACCAAGUCGGAACUGCAGCAGGAGAUACAGGCGAGAACACCGAGCGUCGCAGGUUCCAGGCGACCCUCGGCACCCUCCGGCAACGGAAAUGCUUCCUUUUUCCCCUUCCCGCCCUUACAACGAAGGCUGAGCGACGCGCUGCUGGCCCUCGGCACCUGCAGAUCCGGAGACAGUUUCGAGAGCGAUAAUCUCGGAUUCCAGCGCGGCACUUUGCAGCCAGCCGCCUCGUGUAACACUCUUAGAGUGCCAACUAGCGAAUCAGGAGAACCGAGCAAAUUGGUGCGGGCGAGCGCGAGCGCCGCCACUCUGAUGGGUCCUAAUUAUCGGAGCGACUUUAUCGAGUCCGAUUUGAAGGCGGGAUGCGCCCUAGCCACGUGCGAGACCCCGAAGAAAAGCCCGAGGAUUUUAAUAACGCGCGCGUACAGCGAGGAGAACCAAGACGGAGGCAGCCCGCUUAUGAAGAAAUCCCAAAAAUCAAAUGUUAACCCUCAGCCGUGCGAAAAACGACGAUGGCGGAAUUGUAGCAUUGGGAGCGAGAGCAGCACCGGAAGCAGCGACACGAGCGUGUGGACCACCGGCGUUAAACACGUAAGGAGUAACGUGAAGAACUCGACGAGCGAUUUGUCGUCGCGGCGAAACGCGCACGGUAAGAAUUUGGAAGAAGAGGACGCGCUGUCGACCACACUCAGACCGAACAACAACAGCGAGAGCAGCGAUACCACAGACACUACCACGGCCACGACUACAACCACCACCACUCUUCUUUAAAUCCGCAUUGAGAAAACGGAAGAGAGAAGAAGGAGAUAAACGACAAGAUGAAGAAUUCAGUAGAGCAAUGUGGAGGAGGACUCGAGACUAAGAACGAUAUAACCGAGAAAAGAAAAAAAGAGACAGAUCUCAGAGAAGUUGUAAGAGCUGCGCAGAAGUUUCCGCAAUCCAAGUCGAAGGACAGAGAGCACAAGCUCGUAAAUUUACCGGAGGCCGCGAGUAAGCUGAGCACAAAUGUGAAGACUCUCUUAAUACCUCUUUCUUCUUGAGUAAAUCCAAACGUACUUUCCUUAGUUAAUCCGUUUCAUGUCUCGGACGAAAUAAGUAUCGCGUGCGCUUGAGCGAAUACAAAGCAGGAGAGGAGAGCAUUUCUCUUAAUCAUGACGCAAGUCCCGCGGAAACAAAAGGCCAGGAUCGAUUGCAACGCGAUUAUUUUGAUAGCUCGCAUCUACUAGCACAAAAGUAUAAUAUUUAUAUAAUAAUGACAAUUUAUAAUAAUAACGCGUGGUUUUAAGUAGCACAAAGAAUGAUCUCAUCGUUUUUUAUAUAUCGAUUGUGUUUCGCUUUAAGAAAAAUGUCAUUUAAAAAAUUCUCUCAAAUGAGAACCAAGUAUUACCGCGUGUACAAAGUGUAAAAUUGUCAUCAGCGAAGCUGCAAAUACGUGCACACAAAAUCAUUAACGAAGAAAUGACGACAAUGACGUCAGUGUCAUUGUCGAUCAGAGUCCAUCGAUGAAUAAAAGUCAACAAAAUUUUGAAAAACAAAACAAUGUCCAAAUUGAAUCUGUCAAUAAAAGCAUCGACGUUACAUAAAGAGACUGGAUCGUUUUGUUAUAUAUAUACAAAUAAAAAAAAAUAAAUAAAUAUAUUUUACACGUUGAACUGAUCGUGUUGCAUUCUUGCAAACGAGAAUUCGGCGCAGCCGCCUACGCUCGAGAGACAUCAAUAUGUUAACAUGUAUAUUGAAACAUAUUUUUCACAUAUCCUAAAAUUAUAUUUUUGUAUAUAACACAUAACCUUGAAAUUACAUA